ACACACUAAACAAUUUCAUUUUAUUAUUAUUAUUUUAUAUAUAUUCAAUGGAAGAUGAAAUUUUAGAACCAGUUAGUCCAACUGGACAAUACUUCACCAGCUCUGUUAUUUCAGUAUCUAUAAUUGCUGUUCUUGAAUUAGAAUUCCCGAUCGACCAAUCCCGGCUCGACACGUUGCUCCAAACUCUCUUUCUUCCAAUCAACCCUCGUUUCUCCUCUCUCAUGGUGAAGGACAAAAAUGGAAAAAAAUACUGGAAAAAGGUGGAAGUGGAUAUCCAAGAGCAUAUCAAAAUCCCGAAUUUCCCACGUGGAAAAUCACCUGAAUUCUACGAGGAUUGCCUGUCUAGAUAUUUGUCCAAAAUAUCCCUAGAACAAUUCCUAGAGAGCAGGGCAUUAUGGGAAUUUCAUAUAAUAAAUUACCCAACAAAAAAUGCAGCUCAAAAUCUUGUCUUCAAACUUCACCACUCACUUGGAGAUGGCUACUCGCUAAUGGGAGCUCUUCUCUCUUGCUUGCAAAGGGCAGAUAAUCCUCAACUCCCAUUGACUUUCCCUUUAUUGAAUCAGAAAAUACAAACUAAUGAUAAUAAAAAUAAUAUUUUAUCAAGGGCUUUUGAUAGUGUGUAUGAUUUUGGAUGGAGUGUUUUGAAGAGCAUUGUGCUUGAAGAUGAUCAAACUGCGAUACGAUCGGGCGAUGAUGGAGUCGAGUUCCGGCCAAUCACAAUCACCACCAUGGUCUUCUCAUUUGACAUGAUCAAGAAAGUCAAGGCCAGUCUUCAUGUGACGAUAAAUGAUGUGAUAUGUGGAGCAUUGUUCUUGGGGAUCAGACUGUACAUAAAGUCAACAGAACAUGAACAUGAUCAGUCAAAUGCAAAGACAACGGCAUUGGUUCUUCUCAACACAAGAAAUAUCAACGGCUACAAAUCAAUCUCGGAAAUGGUCAAACCGGAUGGCGAGUCACUAUGGGGAAAUCAAUUUGCUUUUCUUCACGUUCCAGUUCCUAAAUUAGCUAUUUCAGACCCAAUUGAUCCUCUCAGUUUUGUUCUCGAUGCUCAGAAAGUAAUUAAGAAGAAAAGAAAUUCUGCUGCAGUGAUUUUAACUAGCAAAUUGCUCGAAACAUUGCGGAAAUUAAGAGGCCCUGAGGUGACAGCUGAAUACAUACAUAAAACAUUGAAGAACACAAGCAUGACAAUUUCAAAUAUGAUAGGACCAAUGGAAAGAAUGGCUUUAUCAAAUCAACCAAUCAAAGGCAUGUAUGUCAUGAAUGUUGGUGUUCCUCAGAGCUUAACAGUAACAAUUUUGAGUUACAUGGGACAGUUGAGAAUUGCUUUGGGAACAGAAAAUGAUUUAAUUGAUGCACCAAAGUUCAGACAGUGCGUUCAAGAUGCCUUUGAUAUGAUUUUCAAUGCAGCGAUCCCUUUUCCUUUUAUUUAAAAUAAAUAAAUACAAUUGAAAAAAAUAAACUUUCAUUUUAAGGUUCCUAUUUUAUUUAUAUAUAUUUUUUUUAAUCUGCCUAUGUUGUUUAAUACAUGGGUUAAGAUUCGAGUGCGGCACUAUGUUAUGAUUUUCUUGUAAUAAAUAUUUUUUUUCUCCAGAUGUUUCUCUUCAUUUA